GCAUGAUGUACAACUUCAGGGGUUUGAUAAAGGUUGACAUUGAAAUUUGAAGCCAUGGUUAUUGACUCCAUUCUGACAUCUCCUCGUCUCAAGUCUCCAUCUUUCAGGAGGCAGUUUAAAAAGGAUGAACUGGGUAGUUGGUCCACACUUUUCCAAAGGCAUCACUUCCUCUUAUCUACUCUUGUUCUGCUAACUCUCCUCUACACUAUUUAUCUUUACUUUGCUGUCACUUUAGGGGCUAGUGGCACCUGUUCUGGUUUGAGUGGAGCGCAGAAAGCUUCAUGCCAUAUGGAGCUUGUUAAGGAUUCUGUGGCCAAGGGUAAACUGAAAAUUCUUUGAUAUUUCAAAAUAUAAUU